GAAGAAGAAGAAUGGAGCGGAUGUAUGCAGUGUGAAGGAUGCCCAGGAUAACAAUGUCACCACCACCGCCACCGCCGCCGCAGCAGCCGCCGCUCAGCUCUCUCCGCAGUCUGUUCGCCUCAUGAUGAACGCUGCCGGAGCGGUGGCCCGCAGGAUGCCUCCCGCGGCCCGGCGGAGGAGGAGGAGGAGCGGCUGCUGGAUCGCCUGGUGCCAGGCCGUUCUGCUCGGCGUGUCGGCGCUGGUGAUCGUGGCCGAACGCAGUGCUCUGAUCUACUGUGUAGGGUUUUACCUUUGGAACGAGGAGACACAGUGGGCGGGCCUCACUCUCGGCCUCUUUCUCCCGGGGACGGCGGUUCAGCUGCUGAGUAUGAAAUGGUACCACGAUGAUGGAGAUGACAGGCGAUGCUACCUCUCUGUCAUCCACGUACUGCACUUGGGAAUCUUCAAAAGGUUGUGGGACUGUAUGAGAAUGGUGUUGCACAUGCAGGGCUCCGUGGCUCAACUUGGGGCUGCUGUCAUGCUGCAGGCAGAUGUUGCUGCGCUUUGGCUCCUGGAGGCCCUUGUCCUCACACUGCCCCAGACCUUGCUGCAGGCCUACAUUGUGGUGUCCACCGAUGUGGGCUACACGUCACCAGUGGGUUACUGCUGUGGUUUGUGUGUGCUGUCCAUUUCCUGGGCCUUGGUGCUGUACAGCAGAGCCAGUUGUCUGAUCCGACCGGGCCACCUGGCCAUGCCUCCGGCAGCCCUGCUGUGCCAGCUGGUGUGGAGGGCGGGCAUGCUGGGUGCCAGGGUGACUUGUCUCAUGUUCUUUGCCAGGGUCUUUAACUGGUGGGUCUGUGGAGUAAUAGGUUUCCACUGGCUUACUGCCUCCUUCUGGUUGGUAUCGCAGCAGCCAGACAUUUGCACUGGCCCAUGGUGUUGGUGUGCGUUCAAUGGCAUCAUGGGACUUGUCCACGUCUUCCUCUUUCUCAACAUCAAAGAUGGGCCGUCGCGCUACCGGAUGGCCAGCUUUUAUGCAUUCAUGUUUGUAGAGAAUGCUACCCUGUUACUGGCCGCCUCCGACUUCCUCAGUGAAGCAUCGUGGGACAGCAUGACCCUUCCCACCACUGUGCUGUGUAGCUUUCUCCUUGGUUCUACCUCUCUUGUCCUGUACUACCGGUUCCUUCAUCCCAAGUCAACAGAGAUCUCACAGGGUACGAACCACAACCCCAUGGGCAACACAUGCAUAGAACAGGGGGAGUCCUCCUUCUCUCUGGGGGACAAAAGCCUGCCAGCUCCCUCCAUUCCAAACCAUGGCAGCUUCUCCCUCUCUGGUGUGGCUGGUACUUUUCUGGAGCACCCAGGAACAUGUGGAGGGCGGCCGAACAGCUCCUGCCUUUGCUACCACCACCACUGGCUCUUGAUCCGUCUGGCUCUCAAGACAGGAAACCUGGGAAAGAUCCACAGAGCGUAUGGGCCCGGUGGAGCAGCAACCAUACUGGACAUGGAGGAGUACAACCAAGAGUUUAAGAAUAACGAGGGCAUGAUGAUCACAGCAGGAGGCAGCUGUGAAGGCAUCACCAACUCUGAGUCUCAGGGGAAAGGCUUGGCUCCACUUUCGGACUGCAAGGACGAGUUCCAGAGCGUGAGUGAACCCUCAUCUACCGAACAACCCGAAGAAGAAUUUGACAGUCUGGAGAUGGAGAGCACACCAUCAUCAGAUUUCAAACGCAGCUCACCAGAGGGCAAGUCUGUGUAUGGAGACAGUCCAGAGCCAUAUUUCUGCCCCACAGAGUCGAGUUCCACACUGUACUUCAGUGCCGACCCUCAGUCUCCCAGCAUUGCCAGUAACUCCCGAUUGGACAGAGACAUAGGAGGUCUGGAACACGGGGUUUGCCUCAACUCCAUCCCUAGUGAUUCAGCCCUCCACAGAGACGUCCGUGGACUCAUGGGCCGUUUUGGCCAGCGUUGCACUUCUACACCUAAACUUGACUCUGGAGUGCUGGACUCUCUCGAGUGUCCCCCAUCUCACAGGUCCAAGAAGGCAGCUCAUAAUGUCUAGAAGGGACGAGGACGAUAACUUCUAGCUUUCACACGAAUCAGGGAAAGAGUAACUGCAACUUAUCAACAUUAAAGGAGUCCACCAGCUUUUUUUGGGAGGCUGCUUUUUUAUCUCCCGAGUGUUGUAGGUUGAAAAAGCUAUGGAUAUUUCACCUCUAAAUGCUUAUAUACAGUAUUUAAUACACUGUGGGCAUAGUAUAUGCAAAAAAUUGGGAUAAUGCUAAGCUAACCUGCACUCUUCCCAUAUCAUUAAAAGGGGAUGCUGGACAGGCAGUAGUGACACCAUCAGCAGUGUUUUCAUUCAGCAGCUACAAGCUAAAUAAAGAGCUCAUUAGCCUUAAGGGUGGCGUAUGAAUUUCACACACACACCUUCUAUUUAACACGUUUUUCAUUCUUUUUGGCAGCAGUUAGUGACAAGCAGAUGUAUACUGUGCAACAAAAGGAACAUUGGUCACCAGGCUGUAAUAAAACAUUAAGGAAGAAGCCAUGAGUUAAACCAACAAACACAUAUGCAGCUGCUUUACGAUCACCGACCUCUGAUGGGUCUGUAUUACAUACAGAACCUACUGUUACUCAUAUAUAAUAACUGCCAGCAAUUAUGGAGAUAAAGAAGUUACUCUUAAAUCAAAAAGGGGACAGGACUAUUCUGAUCCUUCAAUAUUUACCAUCGCAGAAUUAGUCAGAGCUUUGUUGGCUUUGUAAAAGCACAAGUAUCUUUGGUAUCAUGUGUCUAUUGCUGUGACUUUUUUUUGUUAUUACCAUAAAAGCUUAGAUAAAAAUAGAUUGUAUUUUUUGGUAUAACCAUCUUUACUGCGUUGCUUUGAGCAGGGCUAGUAUGCCAGCCUGGCAAAACUGUGUGUGAUGUUUUAACAUUAUUUACAUGUGGACCAUGUAUUUGCUGAAAUGUCUUUAUUUGAUGAAAUAUUUAACAAAAUGUUGCAGGCAUUAUCUUUGAAUUCAAAUGUUUAUUGUAAAACUUAUGUGUAAAAUUAUGCUUAAGAAACACUAAUAGUGAGUUUUUAUGUGCUCUUUUUUUGCUGUUUCUAAAGAGUGAAUUCAUCUUUGUUCUGUUAAAGGGAUGAAAUGCAAAAAAGCAGUGAAAUGAUUUUGGUUUUUUUCUCUUGUACCUACAUGACUGCCUACAUGACAUUUUCAACUGUGAAGUGCAAGGCCACUGGUGGCUUUAUAAAAGCAAUAAAUAGCCUACAUAUUGGGGUGACUGGAA